AUGUCAUCGCAAGAUUCAUCUCUGACAAGUCUAAUAGGAUGUUCAUCGUACUUAGUUAGUACGGAAGAAUCUUACUUUGUUGCUUUACUUCAAUUUUUUCCCGAAUUUGUUUUGCAAAUCAUAUGUAAAAUUGCCUUAAAAUUGGCGAACGAUUAUUUCAAGUCAGAGGGUUUAUCUGAUACUCCUCUUAAAAAAUGGCUCUAUUCAUUUCUUUCGAAUCAUGAUGAUGAGUGUAAGUGGGGACGUGAACAAACAUUUAAUGAAGAAGCUCGCUCAAGCUGGUUCGAAAAAUUUGAUGGUGUUAUGGUCAAAUGUGAUCCGCUUGACGAACCUCAUCAGAUCUUUAAUUUAGAUGAAACGAAGGGUUAA